GCGGCUCCUUCGCGGUGAUUUCGCAGUCAGGUCAGACUCGCCAGCCCGGGAUGUCACUGCGCCUGAGAGCUGAGACAUUCAGUCAGCGGGAAAACAUGGAUGAUCCUAGACAGCAAUCACUGUUCUUCAUCACACCUCCAGAUUUAUACAAACUCUGUGCUGUCAAGAUAAUACUGAGUAAUCAGGUGGCAGAUACUGAAAUUAGGAGUACACAAAUGAAGAUGUGCAGGCAAUUGCUAUAUAUGCACCAAGAUAUUCUUGUAUCACCUGUGCCUGGAAUAUUAAGCCAAAUUUGGGUAGUGAUGGCGAUACCAUUUUAUAAAGCUGGAAAACUUAAUGCCUAUAUUGAAAAAUGUGGAGCUAAAGUAGAGGCUCCACAAAGAGUAAUUCCUGUAAUUCUUCAAAACUGCCUUUCAUAUUCACUCAUGUCUAGACUUGCUCCAGCCUGGAAUAAAACUGGCCAUCUUUUGGUGCAAGGAAGAGAAUUUCUUUCUCAAAUGGGAAAGCAAAGUGCUGUUGUAUUAGACAUCAAUGUAACUGAAACUCAAGUUUGUCUAAGUAUAGAAGCUUACACAAUCAGAUUGCCACCACCUGAGCUAAGAGAAUUUGGUAUUUCCCAGAGUAUUAUAAAGGAUUUUGAUACUAACAACAAUGCUGUCAUUGAAGGACAUUCAAUUUUAAACAACUGGUGCUACGUUUUGCCAAGUAUGAAAAGGGGACAAAUAAUAAGUAUUCUUCACACCACACCCCCUGACUGUCCUUUUCACUCAUAUGAAGAUUUCCGGAUGCACUGGGAUGACUUGUAUGGCUAUAAACUUCCAGAAGAUUGUGGAAAUACUAAAAUUUACUGCAGCAUCUACUUCAAAAUGAUAGGAGAAAGAAUCUUCACAUACCCUCUCAGCUGCAUCAGAAGUCAGCCCAUUCAGUUCUUUCCAAGAGUAGAUUUGGAAGGUGUGUUGAAAAGUUUCCUUUCAGACUUAAAAUCUAAAUUGCCUCAGAUAUGUGGCUUUCCCAUAAAGAUGACAACUAAGGCAUGCUACUACACACAAGAACUAAUGAAACCUCAUGUACAGGAAAACAAAGCCAAGACGUUUAAUGUGACCACUAAACAAAUGUUCAGGUCCUCUCUGACUCAGGCCCCUUCCACAAGACCUGCUCUGGCUGAGCAUCUUCGAUGGUGUUCAGUAGCUGUGGACCACAAGGUGGAGCUUUCAGGCAGCCAUCUGAAGACGCCUUGGGUACCCUCAACUCUGCAGCUCCAACAAGAAGCUGUUCAGAACAGAAAGAAAGCCCUACCUGACAAGGCACUCCAAGUACAUAUGGAAGUACCAAAGCCCAACAGAGGAAAGAUUCAAGUUCAAGGCACAAAUUUCACCUCCCAGAAUAAUAUUGUCCCUAAAUUUAUACCAUUUUUCAAAAAUCGAUCAUUACAGAUGAACAAAAAUAUCUUAGAACCUGGCAAUCUAAAAAGAAAACAGCUUGUUACAGAAUCUAAAUUUUUUUCACUUAAAACUAGCGUGAUGCAAAAUGACAAACUCAAUUUAGAUCCAGCUAUUAAAAAAAUAUCUAAUCAUAACAUUCAGAUGAAUACUAGAAAUUUAAAUCAGAAGAUUUCUAGACUUCUACAAGAAAAAAACACUGGAUCCUGUGAAAAUAUAAAACAUCCCCCUUCUAAUGGAGAAUCAUCAACUAUGAGUUUAAAUGAAAGUAAACAUCUGUCUAAUAGUUUAGUAUUUCAGAUGUCAAAGAACAGGAUAGGUGUAAUGAACAGUGCUGUUGACUUCCAGGUGAAUGGAAAAGAACAUUUAACAAGCAAACAUAUAACACAAAUUUUAGGGAAAGGCCAUGAGUCAGUGAAAAUAAAAAAACAACCACACAUUUUUGAAUCAGAUACAGAAACAGAAGAUGCCCAAGUACUACAGCGGCAAUCAAAUGAAACUAUAAAAGUUGGUGUAAAUGACCACAAAUUGAUAAUAAGCAAAACAUCCCACAGGUCUAAAAGAAAAUUGUGUCAGGAAUCUUCAAAAACUUCAAAGAGACCUCAUUCCAAUACUAUCCAUUAUGGACGGUCCAGUUUUUCUAGGAACAAGAUACAUGAUGUGGACAAAUCAAAAGCUCAGAAAUCUCUCAUCAUCCCUUAAGCUUAGAACAUGGAUAUGAAGGAAGGAAAUAUCCACCAGAGAUAAUCACUCUGAACAUGGAUGGAC